AAUAGGUCCCAAGCAUAACUUCACCGUCUUCUUCUCGUAUCUGCUGAACCUCCAAAACCGUGCAUAAAUCUCUCCUUUCCUUUUUGGAACUGGGCUCUCUCACAACGUAGGAUUGCACCCACACUGCAAACUCCUCAUCUUGCAACUGGGUUUUUUGUAUUUCUGCUUGCUGGUUCCACAAAUUGACAGGGGUUGCUGUAGCAACGAUUCAUGCGGUUUGCGGUCCUGUGUCGGUGGAGAAGCGCCUCUCCCUGCGGAGGAGGAUUAUCACGAGUUUCAUAGAAGAUUGGUCCGGGGAGCGGUUCUUUGAGCUGGCGAUUAAUCGGAGUCACUGAGUUAUUGGCUGGCAUAUCAUGUCCUUUUGGGCAGAGCUCGAGAGCAGCUCGGAUGAUGUAGAGUAGGCAUUUGUUUGAUUGCCUGGGACUGUGUCAAUUUGCACCCUAGCUCAUGCCGUUGUUUCCCAGGAUUUCAAUCGGCAUUAGCAUUGCGAGGGAGGAUCGGUGCACAUGCCAGCAUUCUCUGUUUAGUCGCCGCGGAGGAUUCUAAGCAGUUGUCAGGAAUUCAAUGGAUUUACUAAUUAGUAGAACAUUCUCGAAGGUGGGGAUAAAGGAAGGGAUAAUACUUGGCUUGUGGUAAGAGACCUGGGGCGCAAUAGAGGUGGGUUUGGAUGGCUGUGAAGCUUCCUGGGAGUGUCACCGCUCUCUUCCAGUCGUUGAGGUAUAGUUCCAAUGCAAAGCAUCACCAGCAACUGCAGCCUGGAUCCACAUUUUCUUCACAUGGCGCGUGGACUCGUCUCAAGAGAACAGGAGGGCUUUGCUUUCCCGGGAACAUUGCGAAAGACCGGCAGGAUUUCUUUGGUAGGAUUGUAGGGUUAGCAGCACCGUUCACAGUACCGAGGUCUAUUGCACUGGACCAAAAAUCAUUGCAAGUCUCAUGUGCAUUGUCUUCAUUCGAGCUUGAUGAUGUGGAUUUACGAAGGGAGACAGGUGACGGAUGGAGUAGUAGUAGUACUAAGCAAUUGCCCAAAUCCGUGCAUUACAGAACAACAUGCAACUUUCAAAAAUCCAAUGGAACUUCGCUAAGGGUGCCCACCCCCUCCCAGACAUUUGCCUCAGCUAGGCCUAGAAAACCAGGAGAGCAAGAUGAGUCUAUAUCACGUCAAACACAGCUUCGUUGCAUGCCGCAACCCCGUGACACACCUCCCAAAAGAGAUACAGGGAUUGCGAGCGAGAAGGAAUGGGGAAUUAACUUGAACAAAGAGGUUAAGAGUGAGUCUGGGGUCAACGAAGAUGGAAGCAGCUGGUAUAGUGAAAGUGGCGUGGAUUUGGGCGAGAAUGGUUACCGGUGUCGCUGGACCGUCAUGGGGGGUCGUAGCGCAGAUGGCUCCUCAGAGUGGAAGGAAGCUUGGUGGGAGAAAAGCGAUUGGACAGGUUACAAGGAACUCGGUGCUGAGAAAUCAGGUAAGAACGCUCAAGGAGACACCUGGUGGGAGACUUGGCAAGAGGUGUUAAGGGUCGAUGAGUUGAGCAAUCUGGCUAGGAUUGAGAAAAGCGCCCAAAAGCAAGCUAAGUCGGGGACUGGUUCGGCUGGUUGGUUUGAGAAGUGGUGGGAAAAAUACAACGCAAAAGGUUGGUCAGAGAAAGGGGCACACAAGUAUGGACGAUUGAACGACCAAGGAUGGUGGGAGAAAUGGGAGGAGCAGUAUGAUGGGCGUGGUGCUGUUUUGAAAUGGACGGACAAAUGGGCAGAAAGUGACACAGGUACAAAGUGGGGUGAUAAAUGGGAGGAGAAAUUUGACCACGGUGUGGGUACAAGACAAGGAGAGACUUGGCACAAUGAUGAGAAAGGUUGGUCGAGAACGUGGGGAGAGGAGCAUUUCGGAAACGGGAAAGUGCAUAAAUACGGAAGGAGCACCAGUGGCGAGAACUGGGACAACGUUGUUGAAGAGGGCACAUACUACCAGGCCGAGCCUCACUAUGGAUGGGCUGACGCAAUCGGCAACUCAGUGCAGCUUCUGAGCAUACAACCUUUAGAACGACCUCCUGGGACUUUCCCCAACGUUGAACCCGCCCUGAGGGAUCAGCAGCAAAAAGCCUUGAAAGAGGAAUCUGGCAGCAACAUUCAAGAUCAACAGUCCAACAGCCCCAAGCUACGCACAGAUAAGGAUCAGCCCAACCAGGAAUGAAUGCUUGAUCACUCCGACCAUUGCCUGUUUUUGUACUUGAUAUCGGAUUGACGGAGAGACAGAGGCAGAGGUUGUGAUCAGGAUUUGAAGUAGGCAACUGAUUUUUGCACAUCAUCCGGACUGGUUUCUGUUCCGAGGUUUGUAUUUGUAAAGGAAUCAUCGUGUUGCAUUCUGGCAUUUGCACAUCCUGCUCUCGUUGAAUGAUGACUAAAUAAAACAGCUCACUGUUGAAUAAUC